UUUUAACGCGUGCUUUCGAGUUGCCUGGGCCCGCUGCAACUAUAACCGUGCUGUGUAUUAAGUAGUUUCCCUAUUUAAAGGAAAAGACAGGCAUUGCUGGGUGCAAGUAGCAUUUUCCACUAGUUCAGGUCGCACAUUUCAUGUAUAAUGACAAAUGUGCGGAGAGGGCAAGGAGGGGAAAAAAUAAAUAUAUUUAUCUUUUCUUUUUUUUUUUUCCCCCUUCCUUUCUAAAAGAGAGACGGUAUUUCUUUUAUCAUGUUCUUUGCAAUAUUUGCAAUAUUUCUGCCUGCUUCAUUAUUAUGCACUGGGCAUGGAAUAAGCAUGGAAAAAGCUCAGGGAGACUCCAUAUUAGAGCUAGUGCCCUAAAUACCACUUUAAUUUUUGCUUAGCCUAUGUAAAUAGUUACUAAUGCUUUGCCUAGUCUCUACCGCUCGAAGAUGUUUUAAAAAUACCUAAAUACUCCAAUAAUGUGGGGUUACACAUCUAUUCUCUAAUAAUGCUCCCAGGUUUAGCGGGAGGCCAGCAUCGACUACUCUUUUCAGAGACACACAACACGCAGACACGCACACACGCACACUCACACACAGAAUUAUGCUGGAAUUGGCACCCCGCUUUGAAAAAUGUAGUCUUUUGUUUAUUUGCUAGCAGACAUUGUAGCAUUGAAUACAUCUUUUGGUCUGACAAUGGGACAGCUGAACAAUGGUGUUGUCAAACUAGCUUAAUGUAUGUCUGGCGAUGGGGUGGUUUGGGUUGUUUUGGGUGUUUUUUCCUUUCCUUUUCUCAGCCCCUUUUUCAUUUCCCUUAAUCUUUUUGUGUGUACGGUAGAAUAUAAAGUGCGUUGCCUGUUUUGUGGUGGUCGUUUCAGUUGAUAUCUGCUGCUAAUAGUGCAGGGAGGGGGAGGUUUGUAUCUUACAAUUAUGGCUAUUGCAUUAAGUUGCAGAUUUAUUAAUAACCUCUCUAACUGUGGUGAGAAAACUUAUUGAUUCUGAAAGCUUACAAUACUGCUGUCAAUCUGAGAAAUACAUACUUGCCAAAUGUGCCCUUGCUUGAUUUUAUGCCCGAUCGUAUCAACUUUAACUGCUGUUUUGAAGAUACUGCUUCUAAUUUUGUUUAGGUAAUGAAAAUGCAAUAAAAAUGAUAAAUCAGAUCUCAGAGUGGGAGCCCAUGCACCUUUCCAUUUUUAUUACGUUUUAUACAUUAGAAUUUUUAAGGUCAGAUAGAAUAAUUUACCUGAAUGAUUCCUAUCCCCAAAUCAAACAAAUUAUUCAUAUGACAUUUCCUCAAUUAUCUUUCUGUUUCAAGAACCAUCGUUUAGCAUUAAAACAGUUAACAAUUUUGGGUUUGAAUUUGGAAAAAUGAACCUUAUGCAUUGUGAGAAAGAUUGUUACAAAGCUUUUGAAAAAUUUUGAGUUACUACUUGGAUAGCAGCUUAUGUCUUAAAUAAAACGAAUUGUCAUUACUCUGUGGAGUUGCUUAAACUGUUUAAAGUCUUUAAAUACUUUACAUGUUAAGUAAAUGUAUUGCUUUUAGCAAUAAGUUUAAUGAUUUUUUGAGAGAAAAGAUUUAUUUAUCAGUGGCUUCUGGUUUUUGCUUUGAUCAAUUAAUAGUAGAGAUUUUGUGCUUUUUUAAAAAAACUGGACUCUAGUGCAUGAUUUAUAUGGGUUGAGGGGUCUCUUGGACCCCUUAAUUAAAACAAAAAGACAUUCAGGAUUUAUCGGUACCAGUCAGAGCCCUCUAAAGCAUGCAUUUCAACACAAAAAUAUUUGAUGGGGAGACGAAUACUUGCUAUGCUGUUUUGCAUUUUUUGUCAUUGUAUCUUCUUCCCUUGAGUCUUGAGAUGGUGUAAAUCAAUAGCAAAGAGUUAAUGUGAACAAAAAGGUAAUAUCGCAUAUAAUACUUCUUGAGAAGCCAAGAGGUUAUGGAUUAUCAGGUGCUUGCAUGCUGUGUGUUGUGCAUAAACAUGAAGAAAGCAAGGAUGGUGUUUAAUAUUAUGGGACCAUGACAUAAUUCACUUCCUUGGGAGAACUUCUUUCAAGACAAACAUUAACUCAUUCACAACCGCUCUGCUCUGCCUGAAUUGGAGGGUGGAAACAGUGGCAUGUUUUUAUAAAGUUAUUUUUCUAUCAUGUCAUGUUGCAGCAGCCUGAGCUUUCUAGCAGCUACUGCCCUUUGUCAGUGGCAAUAAAGUGAGUCCCUCACUCACAGUUACAUGGAAAUGCUCCUUCAGGGAUAGACCAGAACAGCAUGAAUGCCACUCCUGUAGCAGCCACCAACAGACACCUGGGCAGCAAAACCAACCACCACUUUUAAGGACUAUUCAAUACAAUAACUGUUUCCUAAGCGCUCUGCUCACAGGUGAGUUCCUACCAAACUUACUGUAGUUUUUAUGUUUUCAGAUAAAAUGUUGCAUAAAAUACAUAUACAAUGAUUUUUUUUUGUCCUGGAUCGAAAAUUACUUUGUUUUUAUCAAGGGUAUUUUCUCACAUUGCAUUCACAUCAAAGACUGCUUUUUGAAUUAGUUUGUGUGAAUCUUACUAAAAAAAAAUCUUUCUCUGCAUAUUUACUGAAAUAUUGCUUUCUGAGCCAUAACAAUUAUUAUUAACAUCAAAGAAGGUGAAGCAAAGCUGUAACACAAGUAAUUUCUUAGCAUGUUUAAUGAAAGUAAUGGCUUUUGAAAUACUGCAUAGGUUUAGAGAUCUUAUGCCUGAGCAUCGGACGUGUCCUCAGUGCUGCCUGUUUUGAAUCCCACCCAUUCACAAAGCAAUGCAGUUGUCAAACUUGGAAACAUCUGUUUCCACAACAGAGCUAAGAGAGGUAAUUCAGACUCUACAUGAGUUGUUAUUUUUUUCUUGCAAUGACCAGGUGUAAUGUCAAAACAUGAACACCCUCAGUCCUACCUGUUAGAGAAGGAGCAAGACAGGUCUUAGCCUGGGACGUGGCUUUCCAUGCUUCUGUAGGGAUAUGGAAUUGAAUUAUAUUAAUUUGUUAGCCUGAAGUCUUUAUGUGUAUAUAUUUAUUUAUUUAUUUACUUUCACAUUCAUGAACCACAAUCAACAUGCUAAUAUUUUCUUUGUUAAGAGAGGAUGCCAUUGACAUGUUUCCGUUAUCAAAUUUAAGUAUGAAGGGACUGAGAUCUGCCCUGCAGAUAAAGACUUGAGGGUGAAAAACUGGAUGUGAGCUUGGCAAUGUCCACUCACAGCCCAGGAAGCCAGUUGUGUUCUGGGCUGCAGCAGGAGAAGGGUGGCCAGCAGGUCGAGAGAGGUCAUUCCCUCCAUCUACUACGCCCUCAUGAGAUUCCACCUGCAGUACCUUUUCUAAGUCUGGAGUCUUCAAUAAGUCCUCAACAUGGAACUGUUGGAUUGGAUGCAGAGGAGGGCCACAAAAACAGUCAGUCUGGAACACUUUCCCUAAGGAGACAGGCUGAAAGACUUGUGGUUGUCCAGCCUGGAGAAGGGAUGGAUCCAGGGAGAUGCUAGAGCAGCCUUUCAGUACCUAAAGGGGGCUUCUAGGAAAGAUUUUUUUUAGCAGGGCCUGUUGCAAUGGGACAUGGGAUUAUGGCUUUAAACAAAACCAGUGUUGAUUAAGGCUAGACAUACGGGGGAAAUUUUUCACAAUGAGCCUGGUGAAACACUGGAACAGGUUGCACAGAGGUGGUGGCUGCCCCAUCCCUGGAAACAUUCACAGUCAAGCUGGACACGGCUCUGAGCAACCUGAUCUACUUGAAGCUGUCCCUGUUCGUGACAUGGGAGUUGGAAGUAGAUGACCUUUAAAGGUCCCUUUCAACCCAAACCAUUCUAUGAUUCUAUUCUUUAUAAGAUUGCAAAGUAUACCUUUGGGGCUGAAAAACAAAGCAAGUGUUCAAUUAAUAUUCAUAUCUAGAAGUUUUACUGCAAGUGUAGAUUGUGCUUGAAUACUUAAGAAGUCAUUCAGGAGUGAAUCAAUACUAAUUAUUGUAAUCAGGAGGGUUAAUUAGCUGAAGAUGCUGCUGAUGGAAAGUUCACUGCUUACAGCCCUGAAAACACCUAAGUUGAUGAAAUCUGAAAGCAAGAUGUCUAAGAGGACUUUCUGUGGAGAGAAACGUUUGGCUUUCCUUUGGCAUUUCAAGAGCCAGUCAUUCCAAAGGGGAAACAUAGCUUGUACUUUGUAUUUUGCAUGAUAUUAAUUCAGGGGAUAUUAGAAGAUGCAACUAAAUAUGUCGUGAAGAUAUUUUGUGGUCGUCUCUCAAUAAAUGCAAGUACCAUUUUGGAUAACCUGUACUGUCUCUGCUGCAUUCAUUUGUAGAUUACCAUAAAUUAAUAUGGAUAAUCUUAUGCAUUUGAAAUCUGGUUCCAGCACUGUUAUUUGGAACAGUUUUUUUUUUUUUUUCUCCAUUUGUGUUCAGGCACAGGGACUUCACAUGGUACAUGUACAUAAAUUACACAUGCUCUGUUACUAAUAUACAUAUAUAUGUGUGCACGCAUACAUGUGUGCACUUAAGUUUAAACAUUUUUCAUUGAGGUUGUGUAUUUCUAUAAUCCUGUGCUCUUAAAACUCCCACUCAGUUUCCAUCUGCAAAACAGUAUUCAACUACACAUGAUUCAGAGGACAGUUUUUGAAGAAGGAGUUCAUGAAAUUUAAGUUAGAUGACAAGGAAUAAAGACUGAAAAGAAAUGACUGAAGAAAAUCCUUUUAUUUUCCCUCAAUUAGAGCAGUUGUGUUUCUUAAAGUGAACAUUACUGAAUUCAAACAAAAUCCAGGUGUACAAAACCUUUUCCACAAGUGACUUGCAAGAAGAUUUUAUAUUUAAUGCUGGGUGUUUGGGUUUUGCAUUGGUUUUAGUUGUUGUUGAGUUUUGGGGCAUUUUUUUUUUCCUUUUCCUCUAGUUGUAUCUCUCAACCAAGACAAAUGUCUGGAUGUUAAUUCAAGAAAAAAACCCCAAAACUACAGAAACCCCCCUCUCAGUCACACACACACAUAAACCCCCCAAGUCAAGUGAUGCUUUCAGAGAAGAGAAAUCCUAUUUCAAAACACAUCCUUCUUUCCCUUCUAAUGACAUUAGAGAUUCUCACGUGCAGGUGCUAUUUAUCUUUGCAACUGUUUUCCUAUGACUGUUUUACUGCUUCAAACACAUUUACUUGUAUGUCAGCCAUAGAAAAGGUAACUGAAAAUGGCAGUUGUUGAGAAAGCAUGUCGCCAUGCCUGGAAUGACAUGCAUUAUCAGGGCAGCAGGAGUUGCUGGCUCUACAGCCCAUUUCUACUUGACCUGCAGAAUGAUUGGCUGCCUGGGAUGGUGAUGAAUCACUGGAGUUUAUGAAACCAGACUGCUGGCAUCCUCACAGAGGAAAUAAAAAUGGGAUUUUUUUUGUUUUCCCCCUCUAACAUUCUUGCUGUGACAAAAAGCUUCUUUUUUUUUUUUUUUACAUUUUGUAUUGCUUCUGUGUUAUUUCACCCUGCAGCAGAAGCAAAUGUGUCAAUUAAAGUCGCUUUAGUACUGUUCUCAGCAAGUUAAUGAUGCACUGAAGGUUAACUAUCUUUAUUGGAUGGAAAUGGUCAGGAAUUCUCACAAAUUUUGAGCAAAUCUUGAUCUGGACUCUAAUUUUCUCAUCUCUCACUUCAGUCUUGAGACUGAGAUAGCAUAACUAGUAAUCAGCUCGAGCGGGAUGUAAAAAGGAUUUCAGCUGUUCUCACGCACAACUUUGUUUUCUCCGAUAGUAUAAGGAUCAGUGACCAUUCCUUGGGCUAAUAUCAGUCAGAUCCAUCUUCAGCAUUUCUAAACUAAUGACUAAAAUGACAUUUCUGGAAAGCACGGACUCCCAGAUUUGCACUCACUUUCUAGGUGGUUUGUGAAAUUAUAUUGUGCAUUAAGCCCAUGUUACUGGAUUAGGCUGUUAUGAGCCUGUGCUUGCAGGAAAGCACCGUGGGGCUGUAAAUCUGCCAGUGCACUGACAAGGCUGACACAGCGUGGAUCACAAGCUGCCCUGUAAAAUGCAGCCAAGUAAAAAUGAUCCUUCCAUUUCAAUUAAAACACCCAAAAUUGUGUUUGGGGGUGGGGGAGUGGAGACAACUACUUGCUUAUCUCUCCAUGUAGCAUACUUAGUAUGCUGAUGUGUUACCCUGCAUCCCAUAUUCAGGUAAAAGAACCUAUUUUUAAGUUAACUCUCUCUGAUUCAAAGAAAUAAGAUUACCAAUAAAAUUGCUCAGGAAGUUUUAAAUACAGCACUUAUAUGAAUAUAAUACUUCUUGCCAUUACAUGAGAGAGGUUUUUUCCUCAACUCUAAUGCUUUGCUGCCCAAGCUUUUUCUCCACUAGUUUUGAAAAGCAGUUUGCAUACUCACAUUGGUUAUUAGACUUUUCCACCUUCCUCCAAAUAAAUCAGCUGCUGCUGGACACUGCAGAGGUUGCAACACUCUGGUUAUUUAAGGGACAGCUUUCUAAUGCCCUUUGUGAAAUAGAGGAGGGCAAACUUUAACCAGCGAGAAGGGCAGCACAGGGAACUGUUGCUUGUGCCCUUCGGUGUGUGAGGGGUAAAUGCUGUCCUUGCUCUGGAGUUCCCAUGGCAGCAAAUCAGCAGGUCAUCCUCAAGAGCAGCCUUUGAGGAUGCCAGACAACAGUCUGUCACCAGGAGGAAGAGAGAGCAGUUUGAGGAAGAGGAAAAAAAAUUCUAGAAAAUCAGAGAGAGGAUAGGGGAAAUUUCAAAUAGAGGAGUGAAAAGUAGUGGUAUUCAGACACAGAUCAUCUGGAAAUUGAACCUCACACGUGUAGAUACCUGUGGAUGAUAGGAUGGCUGUGCUACAGAGUGAAUUUAAGAUUCAAAUCCAGCACCUGCCCUCCCUUGAAGCUGCAGGUCAGCAUCUGAGGGAUUGAGGGCUUCUAGAAAAGAAACAGAGAAUUAUCAGAAAACUUAAAAUUUUAGAGACUCUAAAUUCAAUGGUACAACCUCUUGAUUUCAUUUUUCUGCCUAAAAAAGACUUAUCUUCUGCUAAACUGUGAGGAAGAAGCUCACUCUGAAGCUUGAGAAUUUGCCUGCAUCAUUUCAGCCCACAUUUAAUUUUAAUGAGAGAGUUAUAUAACCCCCUUUAAAAAUAACAAAACACUAACAGAACUGCAUUGGCAACACCAGGUGUUCUGCAGUGCUGCUCCAAUGAAUCAUAUGGAGAUUUGUCUGUGCACGGCUGAUGAACAUACAUUAAACUCAGUUAACCCCCACCCCUCAAUAAGGCAAUCCAAACUGACCAAAAUUUUUCCUAAAGAGCCUUUCUCACAAAACAAUGCCUAACUACGUGUCUGCCCCAGGAACCUCGUGGUUUCAGCACUUGUCCCUUACAAAGUUUUUGUAUCAAGGGGUUGAGUUUUUCUUUAAAAGUUGCAGAUGAAUUAUUGUGACCUUUCAAAGUGAAACAUUGCAUGUUAAACACUAAGUUGGGUUAAAUGUUUUGGUUCGGAAAAGAAAGUCAAUGUUCCUCUUUGUUGUGCUGAGCCCCAAAUCCCUGAAAUUGUUAAGAAAAGCACAUUUAACAGGUAUCUCUGGGAAACAUAAACAUGUGAUUUCAUUAAUGCUCCUUUCAGACAGAGAAUUUGUGGGGAAACUGAAUCAGUGACUUGAGGCUGUCAAACAUUGUGGUUCAGAUGCCAUUCUUAACUCUGGAAGUCCCUCAGCCACCAGCUGCUGGAAGGUGUGAAGGAUCUCUCUUUCCAUCCCUUAUCAGAGGCAGGGUCAUGGGCUAGGUGGACCUUUUGAUCUGCCCUAUGUGGCAAUUCUUACAUCAUUAAUUUAAGUUGGAGAAACCCCAAACUACUAAAACCAGGUAUGGUGCAGUUUUCUGCACAUCCAAAUGCCUUAUAGUUACUGCUGGAGCCUUUUAUUUGUGUCCUUUAUGUCUGAUAUUUAAUGGUUUUAGUCUGGGAAACAAAGAUAGCUACUUUGCAUAUUUUCAAGAUGAUUGUUAUUUUUGAGGAUUGACUAGUGUGCUAGGCACUUCAUGAUCAAAUGAAAAAAGGAGACCUGUGAAAUUUCCUACCUCAAAGAUGCCACAAUUUGUGUUUAAGGUGAAAUCCAAUCAUUUGCAGUGCAAAAGAAAGAAAAACACGUGGUAGAAGUGAGGAUGAAGGUUAAGCUCAUAAGGAUCUUGCUGCUAGAAAUGGAGUGCAGUAGGUUAAUGCAGAUAUUGUAAUAAACCUCUCAGAUGUCUUUACAUUUUGUUUAUAAAAAUAAGUCUCCUUUUGGCUUCUUGUCUCUUUUGAUGUCCCUUACCCACAUUCUUUCUUUGCUGAUGCCACAUUAGAACUUCACACCUCACACUUACCUUUGCCUGUGGAGUUAGGAGUUGGAGAUGCCCUCAAGCAUCACCUCCUGCUCCAGGCCAUCCUCACCAUCUACCUCCUUCAUCCUGCCUCUCUCUCCCAAUAACCAGUCUUUCUAGAAUGGCAAAAAUCUCCAGAAAACUCAAAUUUAUAUAAAAUGAGAGAGAUUUUUGUGUCUCUAGUAGUUCUUCCUGUAGGUGUAGAUGGCAGGGAGGAAGGGUUUUUUGUUACAGUGGGAUUUUCCCCCUGCUCUUUGAAUGCAUAGAUGGGGCUUUUGCAUGUUGUGAGGAUGGAGCAACACAGAUAAGAGAACCAGCUGUGUGGUUUCUCCUGUCCUAAGUCAUAGGUUUUCACAUGAAGAUAAUAUAAUAGUCAAAUCCAAGAAUGUUCAGUUCCCUCUUCCAGGGUUGUUUGGAAAGGUGUUUUUUUUUACCAUAAAUAACAUGUCUGCUCUCUAGCAGGAAAUCAGGUCUGUCCAAUGCUUGCAGUACCCCAGUUUCUCUCCUUUUUGGGGAGUGGUUGUUGAUAGUUAGCAGGUGAGAAGAUAAGGUUGUCCAUUAAAAAAAAAGAAAAAAAAAGAAAAAAAACAAUGUCUGUUGUCAAGUCAAGAUAAGACUGGGUUGACAAAAGCCUUGGUCUUGUGUCUAUAUGCACAAGGCACUAACACAAAGGUAACACCUGUGGAUCAAUAGCAAUGCUCUUCAAUAGGACUGCAAAUGAACAACAGGACAGGAAGACUUGGUCUUGCAAAACUUUGCUUGUUUCUGCUUUCCUUCAGUAUUCUCCAAAUGUAGUGCUGAGCUCAGGAACAGCCCAGCUGGAGCAGAGUUACUGGGCAGCUUCUGCUCAGCACCAGCCCUGUGCAGGAUUGGACCUGGGGGUGAUGAUUGACUCUCCCAUGCAGUUGGUGCUGUUCACAAAGGAGGGUGUUCCUCUACAUUAAAGGCCUUUCCAAAAACCCCUCCAUUCCAUGUAGCAUCUGCCCCGUGCCAUGAUUUGUUGCCUAAUUGUUUUCGGAAAGAUUGAGUUAUUACCCACAAAAGGGAACAAAGGCCCUUUACCCACAGUGGGAUGAAAUCACCUCAUCACUGGUAUAAAAUAGGAAGGGAAAAAAAAAGAGAAGUGAGUGGGAAGUUUUACUAUAGCAACCAAGUUUACAUAAUAUCAAUGCGCUUCAAGUGAAAGCUCUAGAAAUGCUUAAUUUGAGGGACCUUUUCACAGGACUAAUUUUAAAUGACGUUUAUUUCUGAAGAUUACGGAUGAGCUACAGUAGCCUACGGAAGCGGAGGGAGCCUCACAAGCACUAUUUUAAAUAGUUUAAAUUCAUUGAUCAGCUUUAACCAAUAUUUUCAUUUUCUUCUUAAAAGAAUUUCAGUUAUAUGCAAGUUAUUUUAUUUCUCAAAAUGAGUGGAAGGCUGUUGUGUGUUUCGUUUUGUAAAUACAAAAUCCCUAAUGAAAGGUUAAGGUUUCAUAAUUCAAAUUUUUAUUCCAAUAUUAGACAUAACUGACAAAGGCAGUUUUGUUCCAGGUAAUCACAAAUGGUAAAAUGGUGUAGAAUUGCACCCAUUACUUUUUAGCAUUCAAGGAAAUGCUACUACUUUUUGCUCUAAUUGUUCGUGAUUUUUACACCAUUCUGUAGUCCUGCCCAAAUGCUCAUGUGCUUUGCUUUGCUGUUUCUUCAUGCCCCCUCCCCUUCUUGCCCCUCCAGAAGUCUGCUACUAAGAGUUAGGCUGAUGGGCUCCCUCCCUUAUAGGCAGGUAGGCUCACAUCCCACUACACAAAAUGCUGUACUGCCUGCUCUUAGUCACAACCCUACUUUCAGCCUUCCAUGGCUUGCCUGGAAGGUUAUUUCUUUGUGGAAGAUAGCAACCACCUCGUUUGCAUUCACCAACUCUAGCUGGACCAGAUUCCUGCUCCCCUUCCUGCAUUAGUGGAAGAUCCUGAGUGAUUCCACUGGAGUCAUUCGAGCCUGCUCCAAAUUUACACCGCCGGCCGCUGAGCUCUGCUGCUGCUGCCUCUGUUAGAAACUUGCUUUGAUGCCAGAGAUAAGCUGAAUCCCAAGCAUGUUCAUUGGCUUAGGGGGGAAUAAAGCAGAGGAUUUGAACUCUCUUCAUACUGCCUUGCAGGCUUGGGAGAGAGUGAAGUCAUUCAGAAACUUUCCCUUGAAGUGCUUCCAGCAGUAGCAUUUCCUUGGCCCAAAACUUGGGGGCAAGUUGAUUAGAAGAAUGGCAAUUAAUUAUAGGGUGAGGAGGGGGUCUGGAGGGGGGAGAUGAUGUGAGCUCCACACUGGAUUUGGCUCUGGGAUCUGGAAAGGAAGGUGGUAUCUACUCUCUUUGUCACUCACUGAAGAAGCCAAAGGCAAUGAUGUCAUGGUGAGCUCAUACACACAUGUCACUUGUUCAAUCCUGGCCUUCUGCAGCUGAACUUUUUGGCUUUUUGGGGUUUUUUUUGGUUUUCUUUUUGUUUGUUUGUUUGGUUGGUUUGUUUUGGUUUUUUUUUUUUCUCUGAAGAGGUGUGCAAUUUUCAAAGGUUGAGUUGUUUGGAGAAAUUGUAUGUAGCUCUGUGUUUGAAAAGCUGCUUGAACGGUGACUAAUCUGCAAAGGUGAGGUGGAACUGCUUCAUCUGCCCCGCUCAGACGGAUGGAGAAACUGAGGGACACAGAGUGAACGAGCCAAACAGGGUCUGGGCCUCAAAAUGAGGGGAGGAGGGAUAGGAGGCAGCAUUUGUAGCUGGAAUAGGAUUAAAGCCCGAGAAUUGAUGAUUCCAAAUUCUAGGUUCCUCCCUCAAAACUGCCAUAUGCUCCACCAGUUGAAAAAGCUUAAUAUUGGCGGGCAGCAAUAAUGCAGCUCCUCUAAGCCAGUGUUUAGAGCCAUUGUCUGAUUUAUGCUGUGAAAAUAAAUGCAGUUUCACUUGCCACUCUCGCUCCCCAUUUCCCUCUGCACUGUAGCAACACAUCAGAGCUUCCAAUUUUCCCUUAAUUUUUAAUAAAAGUUGCUAUUUUGCACACAUGUGCUAGUCAAGAAUCUGACAUUAAUGUUACAAAUGACAGAGCUGAGCCUGUAACAGUGUGUGAAACAAUCAGGAUUUUUUGUUUCUUACCACUUACCCUCUGCCAUCGAGAGUUAAUUCAUACAUAGACACUACAUAAUUUAUGUUUGAGAACCAAAUUAUUCGAAUGCAGUUUUUCCCUCUAAGCUCUCCUUGAGUUGUAUCUCACUAUCUUUUAUGGAAAGGGUUCCUUUUUGCAUUUGACCCUGUUCCUGCUUCUAACUUUUAAAUGGCAAAAGCAAAUGUGCUUUGAAAAGUGUGUUACACUGUAGUUGUUAAAUAAAGCAAUAACCUAUGCACUUGUAAUGCUUUCUCUAUGACCUACUUACAUACUACUUCACCCUCCUUAUAGUAUGAUUAAAAGCUGCUUUGAAUCCACUAUUCCCUCAAGGGAUUUGAGGCUAGAAUUUAACAAACUGCUGAGAAGGCUUAAGUCAGUAAGAGGGCUUCCCUACAGCUUCUUCCAGCUAAUUCACAUGUAAUUAAAAGGAAAAUAAAUAUUUCAAAAGAACAUACGUUUUAAUGAAGCAUUUUUAAGCACUUACACCUUGCAUAAUGGGGCAAAUUUAUAAAGAUCUCUCUAUUCCAUAUGCAGAUUUUAAGCAAAAUUAUUUGUGAUCCUCUCCUCCUCCCUCUUUGCAUCCUGUGCAAAGCAUGGAUUUACUUUUCAGUCAGCAGCAGUGGGACUGUGGUCCUUAGAAGUGACAGGCUGGUGAGACUGAAGUCCCUUAGAUUUUAGCAUGUACCAAAAAAACUCGUGAUGAAGAGGUGCAGAUCCAGCCGCACAGGGCGAAGUGGGGGUGGAGACUUCUUAGUUAAAAGAAUAUCUUCAUCCUCACUGAGCUGCCCGUAUUUCUUCUGAGCUAAAACCUGUCCCUUCUGCAGUGGCAAGAUUUUGAAAUUGAAAGUUAAUCCAACUCUGCUCUGGGCCGGAUUAACCACCAUGGAGGCCUCAGAUCAAAGACCAGGUGGCUGCAUCCAGCUGGAGAAAGUUGUGCUGGUUUCUCCUUUCAUUUGGACUUUGCACUUAAUUUUUUUAUCCACUGUAUAGUCAGUCCUACACCGUGAUGGAUGGGUGGCAUAAAGGAAUCACCAUGAAUUUAGUAAAGAGGAGCCAUAGCUUUGCUUUGUGCCUUUCUAGGGGGAUGUUUAGGUGCCAUGGUGACAAGGACAGUAUGUGAACGUAUAGAGCAGAGCAGAUUAAUAACACUAUAGAUAUUUAUUCAGGAUUGCAGCUGUCCUACGGGGAUUAUACUGAGGGCCAAGUGAACCUUUUCUUUCUUUAGUCUUGCAAAGUAGGCAAAAAUUUUAGCAGCCUGAGGGGGUUUUCUUCCUUUUUAACUAUUUAAGAUUGGUAAGUCUCUUAGUGCAAUAAACUGGACUCUAAAAACUUGCCCAUUCAGUUUUAUUUUUUUUCCUAUCAAAUCAACAAUGGUCAAAAUUUAAAUAAAACUUGGCCUGACUGAUAACACUUUUUUUUAUGGGUCAAUUUAAUUUUUAUAUUAGAAUGCUCUUUGAAAAGUUUAAGCAUGGUAGGUUUUAAUUUGAAUUUGCUGCUUUUUGCAAGUGUUUAUUAUCCAGAACAAAUCAAAUUAUAAAACCUAGAGAGAGAUUCAGAUGGAGAAGCACACACAAUGGAGAGGAACGUUCUGUCUGUCUAGACUGCUCAGAUCACCUAGUAAUCUUUGUAAAUAUGUUAAUAUUCUUUUGCCUGGAGCGGCUUUGUAUUGAAGCAAGUAGGUCUUGGGGAUGGAAAGGAAAAUUUAUACAGAUUUUCAGGGGGCGGUGGCGUGGAGGGGGGGCUCCAGCUAUUUGUAUGUGUGGAAUUUUGUGUGCGUCUUGAUGGUGACACUUCUGUGCGGCCAACUCUGAGAGCAGCGAGGUUGGGAGCGGGUUUUUGGGAGGUUACAGCCACGAGAAAGGAUUUGCCGUCAUUAGUUAUUUAAAUCCCUCUUUCUGAUCAGCGAGGACAGAGUUACUACCACUCUCUCGCCAGCCAGUAACAUCACUCUGAGCAUUUAAAAGACUGCCAAGGUCUGAAUGGCAGGAGUUUGAGUGGAGAGAGAGCCUGCACCCAGCACCUGACCCAACAUUCCCAGUGCCCCCAGGCUGGCUCCGGCCGCACCGGGCAGCGCCGUGCCCCUGGCGAGCGAGCCCCAGGCGUGUGAGGGAGCAGUGCCCGCCCCGGGCUGCCCGCGGCGCGGGGCCGCUGCCCCGCCGGGCUCGGCUCACCCCUCACGGCCGCGGGGCCGGGCAGCGCUGCCGAGGCGCCGGGCGGGUCCCGCCGCCCCCGGAGCCCGGCCGGGCGGAGCCGCGGAGCCCCGGGCGGGCAGCCCCCGGCCCGGCGGCGGCAAUAGGCCUCUCCCGGGGCGGCGGGGGCGCAGGGGUUAACGGGGAGCCGCAGCGGGGAGAUGGCUCCGCCUCCCCGCUCAGCACCUGGCGCUCCACCGACAGUUGCCUCAGCAGUCGAUUUCGGAGGGGAUUGGCGGAAAAAACCGAGAGGGGGAGAGAAAUGUGACAACUGCCGGGGCUGGCGGCUGCCGCGGGGAGGCCUCCGCACCUGUGCCUGCCGCUCCGCCGCCCGGCGCAGUUGUGGGAUCCGCCGCGCCCCGCCGCAUCCUCCCGCCGACCGCCGCGGCGCCCCCGGAGCCCAGCAUGACUUCUUCGUUCAAGCUGGAUUUCCUUCCGGAGAUGAUGGUCGACGGCCGCUUGCUGGUCUCUGACAGAAUUAACGGCACAGCUAACAAGAUGAAUGGAGCUUUGGAUCAUUCAGACCAACCAGACCCAGAUGCCAUUAAGAUGUUUGUUGGACAGAUUCCCCGUUCGUGGUCAGAAAAAGAAUUAAAAGAACUUUUUGAGCCUUAUGGAGCUGUCUACCAGAUUAAUGUUCUCCGAGACAGAAGUCAGAACCCUCCCCAAAGUAAAGGUUGUUGUUUCGUAACAUUUUAUACAAGAAAAGCUGCUCUUGAGGCACAGAAUGCACUGCACAAUAUUAAAACUUUACCUGGGAUGCAUCAUCCUAUUCAGAUGAAACCUGCAGAUAGUGAAAAGUCAAAUGCUGUGGAAGACAGAAAAUUGUUCAUAGGAAUGGUUUCGAAGAAGUGUAAUGAGAAUGAUAUCAGGGUGAUGUUUUCUCCGUUCGGCCAGAUAGAAGAAUGCCGAAUCCUUCGGGGACCAGAUGGGCUGAGCCGAGGCUGUGCGUUUGUCACAUUUUCUACAAGGGCAAUGGCACAGAAUGCAAUCAAAGCCAUGCACCAGUCUCAGACCAUGGAGGGCUGCUCUUCGCCAAUCGUGGUGAAGUUUGCUGACACCCAAAAGGACAAGGAGCAGCGGCGUUUGCAGCAGCAGUUGGCUCAGCAGAUGCAACAGCUCAAUACUGCCACUUGGGGAAACCUCACAGGUCUUGGAGGACUCACACCACAAUAUCUAGCUCUCCUGCAGCAAGCAACUUCCUCCAGUAACUUGGGUGCCUUCAGCGGCAUUCAGCAAAUGGCCGGCAUGAACGCUUUACAAUUGCAGAAUUUGGCAACUUUAGCAGCCGCAGCAGCCGCCGCCCAGACCUCAGCUACCACCACCAAUGCAAACCCUCUCUCCACAACGACUGGUGCUCUGGGAGCCCUCACAAGUCCUGUGGCUGCAUCAACUGCUAAUUCCACAGCUGGUGCGGCCAUG